AUGCGCAGCACCUCCUUCCUAACAACAGCAGCCCUCGCGGCAACCCUGAUCACCGCCCAAUCCGACAUCCCCCUCUCCCAACCUCUCCAGCAAAUCCUCUCCAACGCCCAAUCCGGCCCGCAAUACACCUACCCUACCGACCUGACACAGGGCAUAAUCCCCAAAGCCCUCCACUCCCACAACGACUACUGGCGACCCAUCCCCUUCUACUCCGCCCUCUCCGUCGGCGCGAUCUCUGUCGAAGCAGACGUAUGGCUCUACAAUGGAACCCUGUACAUCGGACACGAGCAAUCCGCGCUGAAGGAGGAGAGGACGUUGGAUAGUCUGUACAUUCAACCUAUAUUGAGGGUGCUAAGGGCGCAGAAUCCGAAUUCAUCUUUUGUGACGGGGGAGAGAACGAGGAAUGGGGUUUAUGAUACGAGUGGGGGGGGGCAGACACUGUAUCUUUCUGUGGAUUUGAAGACGGAGGGGAGCACGACGUGGCCGGAGGUUGUGAAGGCGUUGCAGCCGUUGAGGGAGGCGAGAUAUCUUACGACGUUCAAUGGGUCUGCUGGAGGUGUUACGGCGGGUCCUGUCACUGUGAUCGGGACGGGGAAUACGCCAUUGAAUCAAGUCCAAGGCGUUUCUCCGCGGGACUACUUCUACGAUGCGCCGCUCGCUACGCUGAACAGUACUUUCAGCAACAUCACCUCUGAUGUGUCACAGAUUGCGAGCGUGAGCUUCUCGAGCCAGUUUGGGACUGUCAGGAACGCGACGUUCAAUGCUACGCAGCAGACGCUGUUGGAGAGCCAGAUCGCUGUUGCGCAUGGGAAGGGCAUUGGUGUCAGGUACUGGGAUCAGCCACUAUGGCCGGUAGGUACACGCAAUGGUAUUUGGAGACUGCUGUGGGAUGCUGGUGCGGAUCUGUUGAAUUGUGAUGAUUUGGAGGGGGCGGCGAAUGCAUGGGAGGGGCAUUAG